AUGAAUUUUUUAUAUUUUUUAAUUACUCUAAAUGGGCUUAUAUUUUUAACGAGUGCUAUUGAAAAAUCACCAGAUAUUCCAUCAUUUUUAAAAAUAUGCCACCGCAAUGAUAAACAUUUGGAUAAUUGUAUGAGAAAAAGUUUUGAAGCUUUGAGACCUUAUUUAAAAAAUGGAAUACCAGAACUUUUGAUACCACCAUGUGAACCACUUUAUUUACCAAAAUUAGAAAUUGGUCAAGCAGCUGGUCCAGUGUCUGUUAAUUCAACUCAUACAAAUAUUGUAAUAAAUGGUGGAAGUGAUUUUAUUCUAAAAAACAUCAAAAUUGACACGGUCAAAGAUCGAAUCAAGCUGAAAUUAAAAAUACCAAAAUUAAAUAUGAAAUCAGACUACAGUGUUGCUGGUAAAAUUUUAAUGAUUCCAGUAACUGGUCGUGGUAAAUUUACUGGCAAUUACACUGACAUUGAUACAAUAAUUAUGAUACAAGGUGAACAAUACAUAAAAAGUCAAACAAAUAAAAAACAUUUUCGUGUUGUUGAAUUUUAUGUUGAUUUUGAAAUUGGUGAUUCAAGUAUUCAUUUGGAAAAUUUAUUCAAUGGUGAUAAAACACUUGCUGAUGCAAUGAAUAUAUUUCUCAAUGAAAAUUGGAAAAUUGUUACUGCUGAGAUAAAACCAGUACUUGAAAAUACAAUAUCAAAAUUAUUUAAAAAUUUUGUUAAUAAAAUUUAUGAUAAAUAUCCAUUGGAUAUACUUUUACCAUUAUAA